AUGGAUCCUUCGCAACGCUACCACCGUGCCAGUCUCCACGAAAAAUUCCUGCCCAGAGAACAGCGGCAUCAACGCAGCCAAAGUCAGCCCAAUAACCCCAAUGUUUCCUAUCUUUCUCCAGCACCUUCCCCCCGACCUGGACUAAGACUUUCUUUACAUUUCACUCAAAGCAGCACUGGUAACAAGCUUCAGGUUGCCUCUAUCGUCCAACAGCAUCAACAAUACCAACAUCCCUAUACCUCAACAACACCUCGGCACUCUUCUUUCACGGCCAUUUCUCCAACCUUAUCUUCUAAAUCAUCUCCCUCACUUGCUCCUUUUUCCAAACACUCCUCCACGCCUUCGUCUCCAACACUGACACAUCCACGACUCUCUGGAUCAAUCUCAAUUUCAUCGUCAUCUUCGUCAUAUUUUAGCGACGUAGACUCUUCUGGAAGCGUGGUCGUACAGAAUUCCAGCAACAAUAGCCGCACGAGCAAUUGUCACAACAACAGUAGCACUGGCAACAGUCGUGGCCCUAAUCACCUUAUUGGCAAGAGACCUCUGUCUAUGUCAUCCUUAGCCAGGAUAUCAUCCACAUUCAAUAACAACACCGAGUCUAACACCAACUCUAUCCAGGUGUGUGAUCAUUGCUCCACACCGUUUCCUACCUUGCUCCAGAAGCAGCGACCUUUGUCAACUCCUCCAACCUCAUCCUCCAAUUCAUCCUUGACAUUUUCCUCUCCAUCGUCGUCUUCUUCGUCCUGUAGUACGCCAGCUGACUCUUGUUCAUCCUCCAACUACCUCUCCUCCUGUUCAUCAUCAAUGCCUAUAUCAACUAAUUCUACCAACACUAGCAGUAACACUGCGGGGACAUAUAAAGACACAAUGCCCAUGAGCACUCUUUCAGGAGAAAGCCAGCAGUAUCAGCUUACAAAUUUGAGCGCUGCCACCAUCAUUCGUGCUUUUCAAACAAUGGAUCUGACGCUACAGCACUCCUUGCUCGCCAGUCUAGUUGAGGUCUGUAGUACCCCGCAGCUAACGUUCCUAAACUCAAUCAUUGCACCAAAACUUAAGCGUGAUUUCCUACGCGACUUACCCCUGGAACUGGCCCACCAUAUCCUCUCCUUCAUUGAUGAUCCUCAGUCGCUCGCACGAGUGAGUCAAGUGUCACGCUUCUGGCAUCAGCUCAUCGAGACCGAAGACUGGGUUUGGAGAGCACAGUGCAUCAAAAUGUUUGGUCCAACUUCCUGCUCCUCCUUACCAAGUCCUAAAUCUUAUAUUGCCCCACCCACUUCCUUCUUUUACACAACAAGUCCGACAUCAUUGGAUGCUGUCUCGAGCACCCUGAAGGCUUUAUCCAAUAGCAGUAGUUGCAGUGAUUCAAGCUCAAAUACCCCAACUUCUCAGUCUAAUCGAUCAUCUUUGAAAUCUUGUCCAGGUUCUCGGCAGUCAUCAUUGAAUCCCUUUACUCACACAUCCUCAGCUUGGUCCAAUACUUCUGAGCCGACAGUAACGGAUGUCUUGGGGAAUGAGGUAGCUGCCACUCCAUCUUCAUCGUCAUUCCUUUCUUCUUCUUCUUCUUCCUCGACUUAUCCGACAAUACCCACUAAUAUCAACACCAAUCACAACAAUAUAGCCGCCUCCCUCGCCAAUCAAGGCUCACUCUCGUCUUCAGCUGGAAACGGCCCAAGCGCAGCGGCCCCGCUUUUUUCAACGCUCCCUCCCUCAACUGUAUUACGAUCCAGCAUGUCAUCACGACUGGCUGCUGCCUCAGCCAUUGCCUCGACGUCACAGGAAGUAGCUCCGUCAAUGGUAGAGUCCGCAUUACCUUCGUCCACAUCGCUUUCUUUCUCCUCUUCAUCGCAAGGACUUGGUGUAUUAUCAGCUCUUUCGUCACUGGAAGGCAAAAAAGGGGCAAUCACUGCAACAACAGCAGGGGCACCUUUAGCCAAUGGAAACCGAAAGAUAGCGGAUACAUCAUCUCUAAAUCCAGAUUUAGUAAAACAACAACCUCAACAGACGACAUCCUAUAAAGCUUAUUUCAAGCGUCGUUAUAUGAUUGAUCGUAAUUGGAUCACAGGUCGCCACAGCUUAAUUUCUAACACUACACCAGAGACUGGAGUAGUGACAUCGUUGCAAUUCGAUCAUCACCAUAUCGUUGUUGGAUGUGAUAACAGACGAAUUCAAAUAUUUGAGACAACCACUGGUCGAUUGUUGCGAACACUCCAAGGACACAUGGGUGGAGUAUGGGCUUUAGAGUUUGUUAAGGGUGUUGGUGCCUCGGAUGAAAAGAUCCUGGUAUCUGGAGGAUGUGAUCGUGAGGUUCGUGUGUGGGACAUGGACACAGGGAAGUGCCGCUUUGUCAUGUCGGGACACAACGGCACAAUUCGCUGUCUUAAAUUGCACCAACUCUCCAUAUCCCAGAGCACUGACCAGCAGAGCGAUACAAAUGACACAAAUAGGAUAGACUCAAAACAUUUGUAUCGACACAUUGCAAUCACGGGAUCUAGAGACUCAACACUACGUGUCUGGGAUAUUCAAACAGGCCAGAAUCUAUUUUUACUCCAAGGACACACUGAUUCAGUCAGAUGCAUUGAGGUCCACGGGGACAUCCUGGUCUCAGGAUCCUAUGACUGCACUGCUCGAGUUUGGAGUUUAAAGACUGGUGAAUGCCUCUUGCAUCUGCAAGGCCACUUCCAACAGAUUUACUCCAUUGCGUUCAAUGGUGAGUACAUUAUUACUGGAUCAUUAGAUUCAACCUGUCGGCUAUGGAGCCCUAUUACGGGACAAUGUUUAGCAACGUUGCAGGGGCAUACACAAUUAGUUGGGCAGCUUCAGUUAUCAGGGGACAGCCUAAUGACUGGUGGAGGAGAUGGAUUCAUGUAUCUCUGGAAUCUGCGCUCUAUGGUUUGUCAGUACAGGGUCCAAGCGCAUGACCAGUCUGUGACAAGUUUAUGUUUUGAUUCUAAACGAAUUGUGACUGGAGGGAAUGAUGGCGCCGUCAAGCUCUGGGACCGCCAGACUGGCAAGUUCAUUCGUUUGCUGACCAAAACAGAUGCAGCGAUUUGGAGGGUAUCGAUAUGUGAGGAACGUGUCGUAAUGUGCAUGCAGAAGAAUGGCCGGACAGCGAUGGAGGUGAUGUGUUUCGAUUCAGAGGCACCCAUCCUGACCCCAGCCAUAUCUCCAGAUAGCCAAGCUGUUAUAACAUGA